AUGGAGCAUUCAUGUGUUCAACUGGAAGAUUUACCAGAUGAAAUUCUUCUGAUUAUUUUUCAAAAUUUACCCAAUUGUGAUGUACUUUAUUCUUUCAUGGGUCUUAAUGAAAGACUUGAUACAAUUCUAAAUGAUAGAAUUUUUACAAGAAAUUUAACACUAAUAAAAUCUGUUCAUAGUUCAUCAAAUCAAUUUACUGAUACAAUAUUUGAUCGAUUUUGUUUUGAAAUUUUACCAAAAAUCAAUCAUAAAAUCGAACGACUUAAUAUUGAAUCAUCAUUCAUGGAACGUAUUUUUGCAACAAGUUAUCCUAAUUUACAUGCACUUAGUUUAUAUAAUUUUCCACCAGAAACAGCGUGUGAAGUCUUUUGUGAGGAAAACUAUUCAAUUUAUCAACUUCAAAAUCAAAUUUCAUCACUUUUUAUUAAGUUGAAACCACAUGAACAACUAAUUGAUGCAUUUGGAUCUACACAAAAUAGAAAUAUAUUUAUUUUUAUUAGAAUCUGUCUUCUCUUCAAGAAUUUACAAUAUUUAAAUUUCAGUUCAUCUUCUAUUUAUGAACAAUUAGUAUUUUCUAAUAGCAUUCCAAUGAAUUUCUCUUCAAAUUUAUUUGAACUACAUGUUGUAGUUAAAAGUAUCUCAGAUUGUCUCUGUGUACUUGACGGUCAGUUCGAGUUGUUGCAUACAUUUCAUGUUACGAUUCGGUCUUAUGGUAUUUACGAUGAAGAAAUAGUUGGUAACCAUAAGAAACUACCUAAUUUAAAAUGCUUUUCGCUGAUCCAUGAAAAUGAAAUAUCCGUGUACAAUCUUAUAUUGGUACCACUUUUCCAAAGAAUGACAAAUUUAGAAGAACUUCAUUUGUACUUUGUUAAUACAUAUGGAUCAAUUAUUGAUGGUAAUAAUUUGGAAAAUAAUAUCAUUAAUCAUAUGACGAAAUUAAAGAAAUUUACAUUUAAUAUUCGUUCAGUUAUUUAUCUUGAUAAUCAAUUUAAUUUACCAUCAAAUGAAGAUAUUAAAAAGACAUUUAAAAAUUUUGACAAUAAUCAAACUACUUCAUAUGUCGAUUAUUUUAAAAAAUUAAAUUUAUUUUAUUGUCAAAUUUAUUCAAAUCCAUAUAGAUGGACAUUUUAUAAUAAUAUAACAAAUAAUUUUCCUGGUGGAUUAUUCAAGUGUGUUCGUGAAAUAUCAUUACAUGAUGAACAUCCAUUUGAACAUGAUUUUUUUCUUCGAAUUUCGAAAUCAUUUCCAUUUAUUAAAAAAUUAAGCUUACAUAAUUAUGAACCACAAAAAAAUAAUUAUCUUCAAUGGCCAAUAAUUAAAUAUCAUCAUCUUAUUGAAAUUGAUCUUGCUAAAGCUCAUGAUGAUUAUGUUGAACAAUUUUUAAAUAAUACAAAGAUGUGUUUAUUAAAUAAUGUACAUCUUCGUGUACGUUUCGAUUCAUUAGUAAAGACAACGAACAAUUUUACAAGAGAUGUAACACGCAUUAAUUGUACGAAAAUCAAUCUUAAAAUACGUAGCUUUACAGUAGAACUUUCAAGAUUAAAAGAAUAUUUUCCUCAUGCAAAAAUCUAUUGA